CAGUCUCGAGAGUUAUUUCGCGCUGAGUGGACGUGUUUUUUCUGUAGUGUUGCGUUUAGCGCAAGUUGAAAGCCCAAAAGAGUUAUCUACACACAGCGCAGUCAGAGUGUAGUGUGGUGAAGUACCGUGCCGCGUCGUGCGUCCGUCACCCGAACCAACCGCUAUUAUCAUCCCCGGACGCCGCUUCUUGCCUGAUAUCAUCGUCGUUACCCGUUUCCGCCGACGUCGCUCUACUGUUUGCGCGGUUCGGUUUUUGUUAGAACAGUUUCUGCAUUACAACAAACUGUCUUUUUUGCAUUGCGAAUUAGGAAGUGAGGAUAAAACGAGUAGAAGGUGAGCGGUCGAAACAGGGUGGUCAGAAGAAUAAGGUGAAAGGUUUGAGUUGUCGCGUCGCGUUUGAUUUAUGGUUUCAAGCUUUUUUUUUGUUCCCUCUAUGACUGUACGGGCACUCUAAUCGAGGAGAAAAGUUUUUCGAGGGUUAUUUUGACGCAAUCUGAACGGUGUGCUGAGAGCGAUCCGUGACUCGGUGCGAGAGAAAAGUGAUAAAUAUGUGGGAACCAGUUCGAAAGUCGUUUCGCGAAGGCUCAUAAAAAAGAACAAGUCGCGAUCGACGACUGGAAAUUCGUAAAUCACGCAUACAAUUUCGGGGACGAGAAACGUUUUGCUGAAUGUGAAAGAGAUAUCGGUGAGUGUGCAGAAAAAAAAGUGAGAAAGUUUUGAAAGUCGAUUCGGCAGAGGUAGCCGCCGUACGGGAGAAUGCUUGAAUCGAUUCAUGUUUGUGAUUUUUAAUUGGAAUUCCGAAGAGAUUAUUUCCCGUCGAGAGAAGAAACAUCUGUGAACGACAAGAUAAAGAGAGUGCGUAAUCAAUUCGUCGCCGGGUAGCACCCGGAGCUUGUUUAUUGUUUACCGAAAGUGAAACAAUAAAUCCAAUCAAGAAAAAAGAGAGAAGAAGAAAAGUGUAUCAUCACUGAUAAAGUCGGUCAACCGUGCUACAGUUCGCUAUUUUGUAAACAACAACAACAACAACAACCCACCGACAUCAUGUGUCAAGCUGUUACCGUUGUGGAAUAAAAGCGUGUCGGGGACAUUUUUGAACCGUUUGCAUCGUCUUCGUCGCCAAUCGCAACCUUGGUGGAUCCCUUCGCUGCUGACGCUGGCGUCCCGCCCGGCGUAAUUUAUCGUGGUUCGAGCGGACAAGAGAUGCACAUUUUAAGACCUGAAAUGGCACGCGACUCGACAAUGGGACGCGAUCGUGUACUGGCGGUGCCCAGUACCGGGAUUGCGCUGGAAACCCCCUCCACAUCACAGUUAUCGGCUGGACCGACUGACAUCAAUCAACAGAUAUUGGAGCUCCGCAAAGAGCAGGAACUCCAGAAGCAGAAGCUAUGGCAUGCCUUCCAGGAGAAGAACAAGGAACUGGAGCUGCAGCACCGCCAACAGCUGGAACACAAGUUUCAGGUAGUUUCCGAACUGCGUGAUCAGCGCCUGGCGGAGGAAGCCGCCCAGCAACGGGAGAGGCGAGAGCGCGAAGCGAUGAAGCGCAAGGAGAAGCAGGACUUCAGCGCGAACGCCAGCUCCGAGGUGAAACAGAAGCUGCAGACGUUUCUAAUCCAGAAGAAGCAAGCGGCGGCCUCGAACGGUAUGAACUCUCCAUCGUCCUAUCGGAAUUGGGGCGUCGUUAAAUCCUCGUCCGGAGAGUCGAUACCGGCCGGUGCCGUGGCGAGUAGUUCCCAUCCGUACAAAAUACCUCCGCCGCCACCCUCAUCGAUGGCCAAGUACGACUCGGACUUUCCACUGCGGAAAACAGCUUCCGAGUCCAAUCUGCUGAAAAUCCGCAUCAAGCAACGGGUAAUCGAGAAACGUGCCAUGACCGGACCGCUGGCAGCCGCCCGACGCCAAGAACGCCUACAGCAAGCCGCCCAUCGACGAAUGCAGCAGAAGCAGGCUCAGCUCGCCGGCAGCGGCCAGCACCCUCCCGGCCAACCGCCAACUCAUCCGCACCUCGCGACGCUGGCCGCCCAGCACCCCUCAAACUGCGCUGGUGGAACACCCGACUCCGGUCCGAAUUCGCCGCCCGCCCUGGGCAGCCGCGGCUCACCUUCGAAUGCUCCAAUCCAGGAAGAGAACGAAGACCCACAAUACGGCCCCGGUGGCCGAUCCAGCAUUAAUGACUUAGCGUUGUUCAGCUCACCCUCGAUGCCGAAUAUUUCGCUCGGUAGGCCGCACCUUGCUGAUCCGCACCCCGCCAAUCAUAUUUCCAUGGUACCGCUGAGACCUCACCAGAUGGUGGCUGCUGGCCAGCCACCUCAACUGUCCCAUCAUCCGCCGCCGCCCUUCGUCGGACACCCGGCGAUGUUUGAACAACUGACGGAGCAGCAGCUGCAGGCGGCUGCUGCGGCGGCAACCGCGGCAGCUGCCGCAGCCGCUAGCGGCCUAUCGAUAAACCCGACACACCUCGGCGGUAUUCAUUCCGGCGUUCCGCCGGUUUACGGACACCCAAUUACAGAUGCCCAGGUGGCGCAGGCACGGCUGCACAAACAAGGCCAUCGACCGCUCGGUCGAACACAAUCCGCACCUCUUCCCCUUGGUCAUCCCAUGCUGACUGGUACCGGCAGCAGCGUCGUCAACAUCGGUCAAACUCAUUACGAAAACAGUGAUGCCGAACGCCAAGCGUACGAGCAGCAUCUUCUUAUGAAGCAAAAAAUCCGACAAACGGCGCUGAAUCGAGCCAACUGCGUUCGGGAGCCGCAACUCAAAGAGGAGGUCGAAUCCGGCGAGGUGAUCGACCUUACCGACAAAAAGCAACCUCCCAAAACCACGGUCAUAACCUCGAACAGUGUCAUCAAGAGCACCUCCCACACCACUCUGCUGCGGGAUACGGCGGAGAGCUUACAGCAGCAACAACACGUGGAAUUCCUACAGGUCCAAGCAAUGAUGCGGCACUCGAUGCAGAUGGGCAUGAUGGAAGAUCCCUACAAUCGAUCUCUGUUACGGCCUCUCUCACGAACCUCAUCCUCUCCGCUGGUCCACCUGGGAACUCCGGCGAGCAGUAACCACCCGGUGGCUCUCUCCGAUACCGGCCAAGAUGACAUUCCUCCUCCCGUGAACCUCACCGUGCAAAACCGGAGCCGAUCGAUGCUCAGCUACACCAACGAAGGACUCACCAGCCCCGGCCCGCUUCAGUUGACCACUUCUUCCUCGGCUUCGGCCAUCCCCUUCCGGUUAGUACAGCAAAAUGGGAAGCCAACCACUGGUCUGGCUUUUGACAGUCUCAUGUUGAAGCACACUUGCGUGUGUGGGGACAACGCCGCCCAUCCGGAACACAGCGGUCGACUGCAGAGCAUUUGGGCUCGGCUGAUAGAGACGGGAUUGGCAUCGCGGUGCGAUAAACUUCGUUCCCGCAAGGCGACCCAGGAAGAACUGCAAUCCGUACACUCAGAAGCGCAUUCCCUCCUUUUCGGUACGAAUCAGAUAAACCGCCAGAAGGUGGACGCCAGCGGGGUUAGCUUUGUCCGAUUAGGGUGCGGCGGCGUCGGUGUAGAUCUGGACACCACCUGGAAUGAGCACCACACGGCAGCCGCUGCCCGUAUGGCUGCGGGGUGUGUAAUAGAUUUGUCUUAUAAGGCCGCUAAAGGUGAAAUUCGAAACGGGUUUGCGGUGGUACGUCCUCCGGGUCAUCAUGCGGAACCCAACGCCGCCAUGGGUUUCUGUUUCUUCAACUCCAUAGCAAUCGCGGCCAAAUUGCUUCGGCAGCGACUAUCGUCGGAGAUCCAACGGGUAUUGGUAGUGGACUGGGAUGUCCACCACGGAAACGGUACCCAACAGGUGUUCUACGACGAUCCUAGCGUACUGUAUUUGUCCAUUCAUCGGCACGACGAUGGAAACUUCUUCCCCGGAACGGGAGGACCAACCGAGUGCGGAGCUGGUCCCGGGUUAGGUUUCAACGUGAACAUUGCCUGGUCCGGUGGUUUGAAUCCACCUCUUGGGGAUGCGGAAUAUCUGGCUGCUUUCCGAACGAUUGUAAUGCCGAUUGCGCGGGAAUUCAGGCCGGACAUUGUGCUGGUGUCGGCGGGAUUCGACGCGGCGUUUGGCCAUCCGGCACCAUUGGGCGGUUACAUGGUGUCACCGGCUUGCUUUGGGUACCUGACGCGGGAGCUGAUGAAACUGGCCGACGGGAAGGUUAUUCUGGCCUUGGAAGGUGGCUACGACCUACCAGCCAUCUGCGAUUCCGCGCAAGAGUGCGUCCGAGCUUUGCUGGGAGACGAUCUGGCGCCGAUUACGGCGACAGAACUGUCCCGCCCACCGUGUCAGACGGCAAUCGAGACACUGCAGAAAACGAUCGCCAUUCAAAUGACGCAUUGGCCCUGCGUGAAGAGACUGGCCCACACCGUUGUUUUCUCCGCGAUGCAGGCUGUGAGUGAAGCCGCGGCGAUGGGUGGUCCCGACCGGGAGGAAUCCGACACGGUGACGGCGAUGGCCGGACUGUCGAUGCAGCCGCCUAAUAGAACGUCCGACAUAUCCCGCGAGGACUCGGAGGAACCGAUGGAUCAGGACGAAUCGAAAUAAGUUUCGGAGGGAGAAGAACCACGAAAUCGAAUCUAGAACGAACCGGGGCCGGCCAUGCCUGGUCGCCAUUUUGCACAGUGCAGACGGUUAUUGUUGCGUCAUAGCCGCCACGGCUGGCGUGUGUUUGUGGAUCCGCGUAAGUGAGCAUUUUGUUACGAGCUGCGACAAUUCGGUAACUGCUACCGUGAUGGUCGAGGAGGAGAGGAUUUUGGAGCCGUAUUUGAAGGCCGGGAAGUUGUAUUGUAGCUAGGAGUAGUCUAUUUACGAAUGGAACGAAUAUGUUUGAAAGUGAGGAGUGAAGGCGGCGAUUUGUGGUGAGGAGAGAGGCUCUAAGAUGGUAUUUUUGGGAACGGUUCAACAGGUAGAAUAUCAAAUCGGUGCUUUCAUUUUGACGAAUGACACAGAGAUAGUGAGAGACGGAAUAAGAACUCAAUUUCUUAGCAGGCAGGGACUUUUGCGUGUUCGUGUGGUUGGUUACGGAAAAUCAACUAAUCAAGUCGUGUUUUAGGGUCAAAGAGGUAUGUUUUAAAGACUAAGACGAUGAGAGGAAAAUUGGCGAUGGUGCAAGUUUUUUUUUGUCCAGGACAGUUUUUGGAACUUCCGAUUUGUUAUUGUUUAGAGUGUCAUCACUACGACAGGUUCACAAUGCACCGAACUAAAUCGAUGUUUUAUUUUGAAAUGGAUCUUCGACUAACAAUUUUUAGUACAAUCGUCGAAACCAUCGCCAAUUGUCGAUGUGGAUUGUUUAUUUUGUGGUAUAGAUAUCAGAAUAUUUAGCUGUUAGAAACAGAUGAGAAAUUGGCAGGUGAUAACGAUGUGAAUGUAGUACACAAACACAAAACAGAAUAUUUCCGUUUUUCGUUCAUCGUUCGUUGUUGGUGGUGAUAUAAAAUAAUAGAUCCAACCCGGAUAAUAGCAGUGGACUGUACCGCUUAACUCAGUAUAGAUGUGUGACGAUGGAUAUAAGAGAAAGCUAUGUUCAAAUAAAUCCACCAUAGAGCAACAAUUCAUAUUGUAUAAGAAUCAAAUCAGAUAUGCGAUGCUAUGCAAGAGAAGUACGUUUGUUUUACAAAAUGCAACAAAGUGGUAAUUACAAAGUAAUUUUUACAACAAAAAUUGUCAACCUACCUAACCGGUGGGAACAGUUUUCUUUUAUACUUGUACUAAAAAACUAAUUUUUGUGCAUAUUUUUACGAAUUUUUCCACACUUUAACGAAAGUUACCCCGUUAGUGAGUACUAAAUAGAUAAUCCUUCCAUAACCAGCAAAACAUAACCUUAAUAAGCUAAAUAUUAAAGUUUAUUCCACAAUCGCAAGCAUAUAUCGAAUUCCUAACCAAAAUAACUGAAAGAGAUUUGGGACGUUUUAAAAACGAAAUUAUUGCUCAACCUAAAAAAGCACAUACACUCACACACAUUUACACACAAUCGCACUGAUACAAUAUGGCUUGAAACGCCCCUUGUAGUAGAACGCGCGCCCACACUGGCACAAAUAUUACAACCAAAACCAAAUGAAUUGACUGCUGCCAUCAAACAAUAACCUUUGAAACCUUUAACAAGAUAAAAAAAAUCACAAACGGAAUAAGCGAUAAUUAAAGCGAAACGCUGAAAACGAAGUGCGAAGGCAUCUUUUCGAAAAGGCGAUAGCGAGUUAGCAAAGUGCGCUCCAAAGCAAACAUUUAUAGUGAAUAUUAAAAGAAUUUUUGAACAGAACAAAGUUUAUCUUUAAUAAGUGUUGAGUGACCUUAAUGUAUACCAACGAAGAAAAAAUAGUAUCACAUAUAUAAGAGAGAGUAUAAAAAAUUAGGUGAAAAUUUUUGCUGAAAUCAAUCUAAAAAUAUAUAUUUAAAAAAAGCUUUCGAACAAUAACAGUUUGAACGUUAGUAUGCUACCAUUUUCAAGCAGAGAUGCCGCGUACGUUUAUCGAAUAGCACACCUACUCAGACUCACACAUACACACUAACACACUUGCAAGCACCUACAAUCAUACGAGAACGGCUGCGUAAAGCAGCAGUUCUUCAAUUCCGCGCUUUUGGGUGAACAAAAAAAUCCUUACGAUUACUUUUUGACUGGUUCAAAAUUUUAAUACUGAUUCUUUGUGGUUGCGAUAAAUGUCCACCAACUACAUUCGUAUUGAUUGAAUCAAUAAAUUUCACUCGACGAUUAGUAACGAACCAUAGUUCAAAACAUACGAGCGUACAUAUUGUCUCAUUUUGUACUAAAACCCGAUUUUGGAUCUAGUUUGUAGUUUGAAACGUUUUUCACCGCCGUUCCAUUCGCCGAGCCGAGUGCUGGUCACUGUCGGUUUCGUUUUGGGAUGUCCAACCGUUGAACAAUCACCUAUGGGUAUCGUUUUCCUUCAGUUCUGUGACGUACUGCACCGAGAGAGCGAGUUCUACUAAAACUCCUAGUAGUAGUAGGGACUUCCUGGUGUGAGAUGUGAUAUUGUUUAUCUAUUAUCGAGCAUUUUUUUUGUAUUCGUUAAAGUUAUUCUUUUAUGGGAACCUUUUCUCUUUCCUUGGCAGACCCUUUUAUUGACGAGCAACUUAACCGCUUCUCUACAGCCGUUUUUUCGGAAGUGGUUCAGGAUCUCACUUUAAAACACAAUUGACAACACACAAACACAUGUGAAACAAAUGCCGAAUGGUGAAACAUUUGAAGAAAAUGAUAACGAAUCAAUACGCUUUUGUUGUACUAAACAAACAAGUAAAAAAAAUAAAGUUUAAGCAGAGAAAUCUAGGAAAAUGCAAACAAAUCACCUCAACAAGAAAAGGAAACUCAUAUUUAAAUGAAAAGAAAACAAAAGUGGUUAGAAACACAGAAAAAAACUGAGCCAACAUUAAAAUAAUACAUUCCUCUUUUAAAGAAAGAAAAAUAAUUUAUAUUUAAACGAAAAAGGAUUAGGACGUACGUGUUAAGAAUUGAACGAUUUGUGUUGUGCUUCACAGCAAACACAUACACACAUACAUUUACAAAUGUUUCUAUGUUUAGUUUUAGGAGUCACUUGAAAAAGGUCUCGCGUCUGUAAAUAAUUUAAUUUAAAUUUAAAAUAAAAGCAAAUUGAACUGGUUUCCUUGUACUAAAAGUCCUUCAGCUAUGUUUAGCGGAUUAUGUUAUCUAAAUGUAAUGUUUAUCUAGGUUAAUUAAUGGUAAACUUUCCCCGCCCACAACAAACUUCCCCACUCUUUUAUUGAUAGCACUGUUUCUCAAGAUAGAAAAAGAAAGACUCGUUUUAUUUUAUAAAACUGUUGCUGUUUUGUUUCCUUGUACUAAACGCAGAGUUUAUUGUUUUUUUUUCUGUUUAUCCUUUUUUGUAACACCGAACGGACCCAUAUUGAAAUAUAUUUUGAAUCAACUACGAAUAGCUAGUUCAAUUUACAAUACAAACAAAAUAAAAACAAGUGGAAAAUCUGAAGUGCAAAACGAUAAUUGUGAAACAUGUCAAGAGAAGAAUAUUUUUAGAAUGAAAAUAGCGAAACAGAUGGUUAUUUGAAGAAGGAAUAAACACCCUCUAGAUAGGAUUAAAAAGAAAGACGUAAAGAACAGAAAGCUGUCAGGCGCAAAUCCGAACUAAUCAACGAGAUUCAUUUUAAAAAUGAAUAGUUUAUGAAUUUAGUACCAGGUUAUAAACAGAGAAUUUAUUUUUUUGUAUCAGUCUCCUCCACGUGGUCGUUCGCUCUCGUUUUUCCUUCUUUUCCGUCGCAUCGCUGUUUAAUUAGUACACUCCAUCCAACUUGAAUACUUGUAUGUACGCAGUUGAACUUGAAAAUUCACUUACCAAACAAUUGGUCGGAUUGAUGCGUUGGAAUCAAGGAAGGGAGAGGGAGAGAGCUGAUUAAUCGAAACGGAUCUUGAAAAACAAAAUGUUAAAAAAAAGAAGACCAAGUCUUGUUUUAUUUAUUCUGAUAGUUUUUUGGAACGCACCCAAGAACACUAUUGGUGCAGAGGAUCGCGCGCAUAUUUAUCGUACAUGAUGUCGUUGUUUGUGAAACACAUACACACACGCGCUUAAAGAAUAAAAGAGUACAGAAAACAAAACAAAAACAAAGAGAAAAAACAGUGAAAGAGAAACAGACAGAGGACAAAAAAAAACUAUUGAUCGUUUUGUGUUACACGGAAAAUUAAUAUAAAUAUAUGAUGAAAUGAA